AUGACAAAUUUAAUGAAAACAUUAAUUAACUUAAACUUCAGUCAAUGUGAAAGAAGUAUGGACUGUGCAGCUGAUAAUGAUAAUUUUUAUGAUGAAUAUUAUGAUGAUGUUGAUAACUUUAGUAAUCCUUUUGAAGGUAAAGAGAAUUCAUUAUUUAAUAAAAAUGGGAAGGAUUUAUUGUCAUUAAAAAGAACAGAUCCCAUUUUUAUUCCAUUUAAUAGUAAACAUAGAGGAGUUCAAGAAAUACUAAAGGAUGUUCAUGUGCAACCAAAAAGAAUUAAUGAGAUAAUAGAUGUUUUUAACAAUUUAAUGAAAGAAGAAAUGAGUAAAAAACCAAAAGUUGUUCUUCUAACUGGACCACCUGGCUGUGGAAAAACAUUUUUAAUGGAGAAAAUUUUUAAAUUAUUUGAAUUUCGUGUUAAACGGUAUGAUGAAAAACAGACAUUGUUGAAUCCAAAUGACUCGUCACUAGGAAAAAUUAAUUAUUCAGGUUUAUUUAUAAAUUUCUUAUACUCUUGUAAUUAUAUGGCACAUAGAUGUUACACUUCAUAUGGAGCUAAAAAAACUAAUUUAGUUUUUAUUGAUGAAUUACCAAAUUUUAUUUAUGAUGAUCCUAGUAUUUUUUCUAAGAAAAUUGUUGAAAUUAUAAAAUUGAAUUGUAAUCCAAUAUAUGUAUUUCAAUUUUCAAAAGCGAAUACUUCAUCUAACCAUGGUCAUUUUUGGGUAUUUACUCCUGAUGUAAUAAAUGAUCUUGAAGUAAAGCAAAUUCAAAUGCUACCUGUAGCAAAUACUUUAGUUUUUGCAGCUUUAAAAAAAUACGUUGAUCAAAACCAAAUAACAAUGCCAUUUCAUGGAAGAGAAUUAAAAUUAAGAGGACAAAAAGGAUAUAGUAAAUUAUGGGAACGAAUUUUAAUUUUAGCUAAUGGUGAUAUUCGACAAGGAAAAAUUAUAAUUGAUUUUUGUACAACAGAAAAUUAUGAAUCUCCAGAAUAUAAACGAAGGAAAUCUGAUAUUAUUUACAGACAUAAUGCUUUUGGAAAUCAUCAACGAACAUUCCAACCUGGUUUUCUUGCUAUUUUUGAAAAUGGGAUAAAUUUUAAAGUAGAUCAAUUUCAUGCAUUGGGAAAACUUUUUUACGCAAAACGUUUAGAUAAACAUUCUAAUCCUAAAAUAUUAAACGAAUACACUAAAACUGAAAAUAUGUUAAUACGUGGAUUGGAAAAUUUAAAAAGGCCGUCACCGCCUGAAGUUUCUAUUACAGAUAUUGUCACUUAUAAACCAUUUACUACAUCAAGAAUUAUUGAAUAUCUUUUUGAACAUGAACAUUAUUUUGCAAAUGACAUCAAAUCACUAAAUAAAAUUUAUGAUAACGUAUUAACAUUGGACUAUGCGCUAGCAACUGAUAACUUAAGAUAUACGGAGCUAGACGUAUAUAUGUAUGAAAUAACUUGUAGAAGCCUGUUAUACUAUAAUUAUAAAGAAAAAAACAAAUCAAGUACCUCUAAUUCAUUUUAUUCCAUUACCAAACCUCUUACAGGAUAUAAAAGUUUAAAUGAAAUUAAUAAUAAAAUAAAAAAAUUACAUGAACAAGUAAUUAAUGAAACUAAUGACAUUGUAUGUUAUAGGGAUCUUUCUGACUACCUAGAUUUCAAAGAUUUUGUAGCGAAAUAA